UACGCGGGCGGAAAGCGCACCGAGCGUUGCCCUUCUGCGGCGGGAUCGCGGGAGAUCCGUGCGGUAUCCGCGCAUCCCACACCUUCCCGCGGGGAAGGGAUGGCGGGGGCGGGCGCGGCGCUGGCCGUGGGGCUGCUAGUGAGGCUGGCGCUGGUGCUAUACGGGCUGCACCAGGACCGCGCCAUGCGAGUGCGCUACACCGACGUCGACUACCGGGUGUUCACGGACGCGGCGCGGCUGGUGAGCGAGGGGCGCUCGCCCUACGGGCGGGCCACCUACCGCUACACGCCGCUCCUCGCCUGGCUCCUGACGCCCAACGUGUUCCUCGCCGAGCCUUUCGGGAAGCUGCUCUUCGUGGCGGGGGACCUGGCGGCCGCCGCCGUCGCCUACCGGGCCCUGCGGCGCCGAGGGACCGCGGCCGGGCGCGCCUGCGGGUGCUGCGCCGCUGCCUGGCUCCUCAACCCGCUGCCCAUGGCCGUGUCCAGCCGGGGCAACGCCGAGGCGCUGGUGGCGCUGCUGGUGCUCGCCACGCUGUACUGGGUGGAGGCGGGCAGCGUGGGCAAGGCCGCGGUGUGCUACGGGCUGGCCGUGCACAUGAAAAUCUACCCCCUCACCUACGCGCUGCCCAUCGCGCUCUAUCUGCGGAGCGAGGACGGGGCAGUGGAUGCGGGGGGUGAAAGAAAGGCAAGGUCUACGUUUGUGGUGCACAUCUGGCAGCUGUUUGUAAAGAUGCUGAACUGCGAUGUGCUGCUUUUUGCGACGGUUGCCGGAUCAGUGCUGGCUGCCUUGACACUGGCGUUUUAUCACCUCUAUGGCUGGGAGUUUUUGGAGCAUGCCUACCUUUACCACGUGACCAGGAGGGAUAUCCGUCAUAAUUUCUCUCCCUAUUUCUACAUGUUGUACUUGACAGCAGAGAGCAAAUGGAGUUUUGCCCUGGGGCUUGCAGCUUUCCUGCCCCAGCUGCUUUUGCUCCUGGUCGUGUCCAUAGCGUUCUACAGAGACCUUGCCUUCUGUUGUUUCCUACACACCGCUAUUUUUGUGAGUUUUAACAAAGUAUGCACAUCCCAGUACUUUGUCUGGUAUCUCUGCCUUUUGCCCCUCAUAAUGCCUAGUAUUAAGAUGUCUUGGCGUCGUGGUGUGCUGCUUCUCUUGCUAUGGUUUGUUGGACAAGGCCUGUGGCUUGCUCCUGCAUACUUUCUGGAGUUCAAAGGAUAUAACACUUUUUUAUUUAUAUGGUUGGCAGGCUUGCUUUUCCUUUUUAUUAAUAGCCUCAUAAUUGUUCAGAUUAUUUCACAUUAUCAAAAAGAAGCACAAGUUACGAAAAAACUCAAACAAUGCUAAUAAACAAACCAAAAUCCAGAAAUAGCCCUUCUGUCCUUGACAAAUCAUUACAUACCACUAGCACUUUGUUUAACUAAAUAUGUGUGCCUUGUACUAAAGCACACUGUAUGUAAACAUUACUAUUUCAGGGCGAUGAGGGCACUGAUUGGCCUCAGUUGCCCUGAGCAGCCCCAGUCCUGCCCUGAGUAGUGUCUGCAGGUGUACCUGUUUGCCCUGUGGAUCUUGAAACUGUGUUGCAACCUUCUUUCCAGCACUGUCUCCCAGCCCUGUGUCCUGCUGCUCCUGACUGGACUCCGUGGAUGUAUCCUGGACCAGUUCAUCAUUUUACUGUGUCUGAGACUGUGAGUGGACUCUGUUAACCCAUCUCCCCUGGCUUGUUUUCACCAGCCAUCUCCAAAGACAGUGUGACUGUGCCCCGGUCUGUGACAGUAUGGCCUGUGCUGGGAUCACCCUCAGUUCCUGUUCGUACUCCCUAAUGGAGCAGCCCCAGCGCCCUUAUUCUUACUCUCAGUGUUACUUUGCUUGUUGCGGACUGAGGCCUCUGUCUGGAAUAAGACAAAAGAUUAUAAAGGAAUAUUGGAGUUUGACAGUUUUGUACAUUCCACUAAGUCAGCGAGGUGUUUUGCAGGGGCUAAUAAUGAAUGAAUAUAAGGCAAUCACUUAAUAUGUACACUGGAAUUUAUUUUUUCUUUUGUUUUCACAGUUACAUUUUAGCCAUGCAAUGUCUGUGGCCUGUACCUGGUCUUUAUUUGGAGAAGUAGUAAAAAAGUGGUUAUUUCAUACAAGUCAUUAACUCUUCGAGACUUUUAUUUUAGAAUUCAGAUAUGCCACCCUUUCACUUAUUUUUGCAUUUGCAGUGCUGUUUGAAUUUUUGAAUCGAUUUGUUACCCUUGCCAUGGAGGAAGAUUUUUCCAUAUACCUCUCAUGGAGCACAGAGAUGUAUAAACCAAAAAUAUUUGUUUCUUUUUGCCAUGAUCUAGAAAAGAGACCAGUGCCUUAAACUGUGGUUCAUUGACAGUUACUGUGGAUGUUAAUAGUGGAAAAUGCUAAGAGUCAAAGUACAGCUAGAAUGGUACCAAAAGCAGUAGGGUUUAUACCAAAACAGUAAUUAGAAAUGAGUUUCUCAGUAGUUCAGUAUCUCUACUACUAAAAAAUAAAUGAAAAAGUGAAAGGAACUGAGGAAGUGGAGCAGUUGUCAGAAGAAAAGGAAUGUUUUGAAAUAGGAAGCUGUACAACCUGUCAAAACACGUUUAUUCCCAGAUGAAACAUAAGAUGUGGAAUUAAGUGUUAGGUGGUAGUGAGAGUUCAGAGCCAUUUCAGAGUCAAUACCAUCAAGAACAUCCCACCGGAGGUCUGAUGUACGCAGCAUUUGACAGAGGUGGAAACUGGCAAUGUAUUUUUUAAUAAACUAGUUUAAAUAGGCAUAUGCCAAAUACAGGAAUGUUCAUAUUUGCCUCAGUGUUUAGUUACAUCCUCAACUUUUAGUUAGUGAAACCCUUAGUGUGUAACGUGGAGCAGAGCUUCAAGGCAAAAUAACUUCAACCCAGUGGUGUGAGUGGGAAAGGGUAUGGCCGAGUGGAUUUGCCUUCCAGGUUCAUUUUGGCCACGCUGCCUCUCUGAAUCCUGCUGUCUCUCGAGGCAGCCCUCUUCUCCAGGACUGGAGCAGCUCCUAGCUUUCUCAUAUAUAGGGUUUUCUUUCCUGGUUGUAGUUCUGCCUUGUGAGGCAGAAUUACAGUAUUUUCACCUGUGAACUUUUCCCAUUGCUUCCCAGCCCCAUUGAGGUGGUUAUGAGAAAGGAGAGGAACCCCCUAAGGCCCAACAGCCCAGAGCGUGUUAUCAGGAGGUGAUGAGUUCCUUAUACCACUCUGGCCCAACUUGGCCAUUCUGAUGUAUUAGGAGGAAGGAUGAUUUUCCUGCUCAGAGUGCUGGGGAGUGAUUCUGCUCUCUUGCUGGAAAGCUUUCCCCUACCGUCUGCACUCACACUCACUUUUACAUUGUGAAGAUCCUGGCAGCCUCUUUGUAAAUCCAGAAAUUGGAUGAUGCAGUGGGUAUUCGUUUGACCAUCUUUGUUUUUUGGAUAAGUCUUAACAGAUGUGGCACUGAUUGCCUUCCCCUGGGAUGAAGGAAGAAAAAUUUAUAGCAUUAACUUGUCUACAUCUUCCACUAGAGGUUUAUCACUCAAAAAACUGGUGGCAUAAGCCACUUCCAUAUAUAGUUUUAUAUUAAUCAACAAAACAUUUGUGUGUGCUAUGAGUGUGUGAAGAGAAAGCAUCCCAUGUGCUUUGAUUUUCCAAGGUGGAGUUGGACAUGCCCAGUUAGCGACUCAGCAAAAGACUGAAGAGGCUCUUUUGUGCCGAUACCUCUGUUCACCCCAUUCUGAUGUGCAGGGAAUAGCUCAUUUUCUUUUGCAACUAUUCUGUUGCCUGUUACACAUUUUUCUGUUGCAAAAAGCAGAUUUUUCUUCCCCAAAGCAAUGUUUUGUUUCUCUUUAACAGACUUACUUAUGCUAUUUCCACACAUUUCUACACCCCUAUUUUUUCCUUCCUUUUGGCAACGAAAGCAAAUGCAAGCCAAAAGGCAUUUCUAACUGCAAAAGACGGCAUCUUAAGUCACUGUGUUCAUAACUGAAUUGUAAUGGUUUUUAGGUAAGAAGUAAUUUCCUUAUGACAAACACAUUCUUGAUUCAUUAAUAGCCAAAUCAGUUUGAGGCCCUCAGAAGGCAAAUUCUGCAGCAAUGGGAACUGAAGGUAACCUUCCCUUUGCAGGUCAGUACCUGCCCUGCAGCAAUGACUCGAGAAAGCCAUGCAUAAACAAGUUAUAAAAAGGCUUUUAUACAAACCUAGAUUUACAGUCAUCAUUUUAAUAAUCCAGCAUGAGUCCCUCUUUUUACAGUUGUUUUCUAAAUUACCUGAAAAUGUUUGGUAUUUAGAAAUAAUUCAAGUGACUCAUAAAAAGCUGGAUAAGAGAAUAAACUGAAAGAGACAAAUAAGAAGAGGUAUUUGAUAGUUUGCAUCUUGCAAAUUGCUUUAGAUAGUUAAAAGGAAUUGAAUAACUUUAUUCAUUGGAAAAAAACAUUAAAUCAAAAUAAUUGUAGUCAAGUAC